GGAAGAAGUUCAGAAACCUUUUGGAUGAGUAUGAGCGGAUCCUCUGUUUUCAUUCUAGAAGCGUUUUUUCAGUAUCCGUUAUUGACGUGAAAUGUAGAAUAAUGUGAAUGUGAGAUAACGUUAGUGUUUUAAUUAUACUUGGUUUAUUGAACACAAGCUAAGGUGUAAGAAAUUCAUGUUCAUUUCGAUACACCAAUAUUAACAACAGUACACAAACAAAGGGCAAUUGACAAAUGAAACCAUAGAAAAAAAAGGUAUACUAAUAUUGGUUUUUAGGAAUUCAGGCGAAGGCUACUUUUUUGACAAAUGCUUAUCACAGAAACAUCAACAACUAUAUUUUUGAAGAAAUUCAUUACAGUAUGGUUCAUCCAAAUUAAUUCAAAUGAAAACAUAAAUUUCCGAGAUAACUUUAACUCAUAGGAUGACCCUAAUUUUAUGCCUAGCAGUGUAUUCAAUGUGUUUCAAUCUGAAUAGUGUUAGAAGUACAAGCCUUAGUAUUUGUUACUCAGUGUUACGUGCCAUAGGUAAAUUAAAAUUUGUCAUCCAUCCAUUGUUUCCUUCACUAAAAUAUGAGAGGAUAUACGUUGUAUGUUGGUGGAUUACCUCGUGAAACGAAAAAGAGAGAUUUGGAAUGUUUUUUGAAAGGCUAUGGUAAACUGAACAGAAUUAUCAUCAAAAACAGAUAUGCAUUCGUGGAAUUUGACGAUAGCAGAUAUGCUGAAGAAGCCGUUCACGAAUUGAAUGGUCGAAAAUUACUGGGAAUAAGAGUGACUGUGGAAAUGGCCAAAGAAAAUGCUAGUAAACAUGAUACAGGUUUGAAGGGUCGAGAAAUUCACCAUUGUUCUUGUUGCAAAUAUAGAAGGGAGGAUCAACAGAUAAAAAUGCAAAAGGAUGCCUUUGGUGAGGCUUAUAAAUGCUAUCUUAAGAAAGAAAUUGAAAGGUUUGCACCCUCUUCGAAUAUGUAUGGGAAGCUUGACGAUAGAGGAAUGAACUAUCAGAGAAUUCCUCGACUAGAGGGUGGGAGGUUUGACAGGGAUGUCUUAUGUCAUAAGAUUCCCAAAAGAAGAAGCCGCAGUAUUUCAAGUAGUGAUUCAGGAAAAUAUUCGAAAUCGACUUACAGGGACUACCCGGAGAGCAGAUCGGAUGGAACCAGAAGAGUCUGCAGAUAUUCCCGUAACAGGUUUACAAAUAAUACAGGCAGUGCAAAAGUUUCUACCAAGGAUGUGGCCAGUGAGGUACGAGUAGUCAAUAAUUCAAAAGACUCUCUUCGUUCUCUGAACAGGUUGAGGUCAAGAUCCCGCUCAGUCAGUAUGAAAUCGACAUAUGAAUACUCCAACAACAGUAACAGAAGAAGCCGCAGUAACUCAAGUGGCGAUUCAGGAAAAUAUUCAAAAUCAAGCUGUAGUGACUAUUCGAAAAGUAGGUCGAGGUCUUAUUCAAAGGAUUCAAAUACAUAUGAUUACAAACAUGGUUCACAAAGAGAUUCCAAAAUUUCCCAGAAGAGAUCUAGAUCAACCUGCAUGAACUAUUCAAGAAGUAGGUCGAGGUCUCAUUCAGAAGAUUCAAAUACAUAUGAUCACAAACAUGGUUCACGAAGAGGUUCCAAAAAUUCUCAGAAGAGAUCUAGAUCAACCUGCAUGAACUAUUCAAGAAGUAGGUCGAGGUCUCAUUCAGAGGAUUCGAAUACAUUUGAUUACAAAGGUGGUUCCAAAAAUUCCUCGAGGAGAUCUGGACCAAGAUCUGGUGAUAAUGAGCCACUGUUUCACUCCGGAGUAGGUUCUCGUUCUCGUUCAGACAGCUUUUCUAGAUCCAAGUCAAGCAGAUCAAUGUCAAGAUCCCAGUCGAAGGAUUACUCAGAUUGUACGAAUUCUGGAGGCGAGUCAAGCAGCCAUUCCAAUCUUGAUUACAGAAAGUCAAGGUCUAGGUCCACUUCAAGAUCGAAAUCACCCAAUGGCUGCACCAAACGGUCUCGUUCUGAGUCAUAUUCUCCUGAAUGUGUGAAAAAGUCGAGAUAUAGGUCUAGAUCCUGAACUCCUAAUGGUGGAGCUUGAAAAUUAACAAUGAAAUAUCUCAUUUCGUUUUGAAAAAUGUUUAUUGCUUGUUUAAGAACUUACUCGAUUCUGUAAGUUAUUUUCAUGUUAACUUUCAAUCUGAGAGUUGCUUGCACAAAUUUUCGAAACUAGGAGAACAGUGAUGUAUUUGAUUCAAUAUUUUUUCUAGUUUUUUCCUUAUCCGAUAUUUAUAAUAACUAGUGAAUAUAUACAGUUUUGAUUUC